AUGAAAUUUGACAAAAUUUUGAACCUCAAAAUUACCUUAAAUAAUAACCCUACUAACAUCCUUAAUAACCUCUGCACCGGCCUCGAAACUUUCCUCGGCUUCAACUCUGCCACCAAAGGCUACGACGGCUCUGGGAUUGUGUACUCUGACUUGGAUAGGCUUAGUGACGGGGUGAUGGGAUUUUUGUAUCAGGUGCUUAAGGAUGUCAGCGAGAAACAGCCUUACAGUGUGGGUAAAAUAACGCUUAGAAAUCUAGUAAGUAGCGUAAUUGAACAUAAUCUUUGCUCAGGGCACGAGGGCUUUAAAAGGCUUUUCACCAAGUUGCCUGAGAGCAUCGCGGCGUAUAACAGGGACGUGCAGGAGGGGAAUGAGAGGGUGAAGGGUGUAAUAAAUGAUAUGGACAGAAAGAUGACUGCGCUAAAAAAUCAGGUAAGUAGCGAUUUGAAUGAUAAUGCUGUUGCAGAUUCAGGAAAAACUUCUACAGCAGCGAUCGAGGCCUGGAACUUGGUGCGCAUCUCACUGGACAAUGCGUUGAUCUUCGAAAAUGGAAUGUACGAAUCCCAUAAUAAUGUAUUAGACUUAAACAUUACAUUACGUGAUAAGGUCAUUAACGGCAAAAAUAAUGUGCUUCAUGAACGUGGUAGGCUUCAAAAGUAUAGUAGGAAGGAAAAGAAAGAUUUAGAGAAAAUGGAGACCAAAAUCCGUGAAGUGCUUGAUGAGCUGAAAAUGAAUGUAAAUGAUAAGAUUAGAAACGAUGUCACAAGUCUAGUGGACAUUUUGAAAUUCAAGGUCGAGGAUAUAAAAGUUAAGUUGGAAGAAAUUAAUAAAAGACUCUGGGAAUAUGUGAAGCAGUUGAUACAAUGGAUAGAUGAAGCUAAGCAAUUUAUAGAUAACCUAAGCGAAACGCACGUGCAGCCACUUGUACAAAACACAAUCGGCACAGAUAAACAGGAAAAACUUUAUGAUAUCACAACGAGAAUUCAGGAUUCGUAUGCAAGCGCAAAUGAGCAUGUCAAGCAGUUGGUUAAAGAUGCUUUGAAUGCGGUAAAAGAGAUGGACGGCGAGCUGAAGAAAGAUUUGUAUAAGGUGAAAACGGCGGUGGAAAGGGAGGUGAAGGAAAUUGAGAAUAGGAUUGGAUCACUAUAUAUUAAUAUUACCGGAACACCGGGACCAGCGAAUGAGAAAAAUAAAAAAAUUGAGGAAAUUAUGAAACAUAUUAAAGGCGAGGUUGAAGGAAUUAAGGGACUUCUAGGUGAACCAAUGAAAGUACCAGUAACCGGCGGAACGUAUGAUAGUAUAUAUCAAAAUUGGGAUGCGCUUAAAGAGCAGCUUACGGGUGAUGUUGAGAUUUUGACUGGUACACGAGUGAGAGAUUCAAGUCUAACGCAACUUGUUAAUGGAGUGACGGAAUACGUCAAAGAAUUUAGUAGAGAUAGUUUUGAGACAUUAUUGACCAAGUGGAUUGCAGAGAUUAUAGAGGAUGGUGUAGUACAUGGUAAACUAUUUGUGUAUGUCACGGAUAAUUUUGGAAAGCUCAGUGGUCUUGACAGGCCUGCAAAACUUCGCAACGUAAAAUUAGUCAUCAAUCAGCACCUUCCAAAAUAUAUGAAUACCGAUAUUAACCUUGCUGCGCAGGAAAAGCUUAAAGGUGCUGAAAUUACAAAUAUUGGGGAAUGGCUUGAGCAAUUCGCUAAUCAUGUGGAUGUUCAACUCACAAAAACUCUAAAUUCAACAAUCGGCAAGGCAGCAAAGACGAUUGAAAUGCAAGUAAAAAGCGGUGAUCAAUCACACAAACCCGAUCUUACAGACGCGCUUAAAUCUAUCUUCCAAUGCGUAGCAAACAGAUUUAAGCAUGUUGCUGCGGAACUUAGACGAUUCAUCGAAGCGUCUAAAAUAAAAAACGUGAAGGAUGCGAUACAGCAAGUCAAAGACAUCGGUACGCAAUUUAACGGCCUGGAUGACACAACAAUUGAUGAUAUUGACUAUGGCCACAAGAUCGACACGGCGCUGGGGGCCGCUCAUACACAAAUUAAAAGGCUUCAUGGAAAUCUCAAACAAGCAUUCGAAUCAGGCUCCACCGGCGCUUCUAAUUUCGCCAAAGCCGUCGACGACGCUAUCCAGCAGGUUAAGACUACGCUUGAAGCGGAGAUCGGACAGAGUGGUGCUGAAAAAAUCACUAAGCUGCCCGAAAGCAAAUUCUCCGGUUACGGAAGUUUUGUUGCCCAAACAACAGAAAGUAUUAACGCUCUUACGUCCGGUGAUAUUGAUAAAAUGGGUGGCAGUCUCGUUGAGGUGAUCAAGCAGCUUGGAUACAAUGGCUUCGAUACAUUCGGUAAUAAAUUGAACGGCGACGAGUCCGACCCAAGUAACACUAUCGGAUUCGUCGACCAAAUCAGGCAAAAUCUCAACGCUCUCAUUGCGGCUUUAAUGGAGACUGGAAAACAUUUAAAUGGAAAUCUACACGUGUUCAAAAUGCAAACCGUAGCUGAGAAACUUAAAAAAAUCAAAGAUGAUCUCUACGGUCUGCACAAUGAUUUCAACCGUGUAAUACAAACCACCGACGUUUUUAUCAGAUCCGACGCUGACAAAUCAAGAACUGACACUAUCAAUCGUCUUCAAGAAUAUGUAAACGACAACGUAGGCUUUGCCCUCUCCACCCUCACCACCGCCGCCCGCCGCAACUACGUCUCCUCCAUCAAAUCCCUCCUCGCCGCGUUCGCGGACAAGAUCACGAAUGAGCUACAACCUCUGCCGGAUCUAAUCGACAAGGACAGAAAGGAGGGAUUUAAAGGGUUCAUGCGGACGUUGCAAGGCGUAAUGGAGGAUAAUGGUGAUACGUCGAAUGACAAUAUUGAAAAACUUAGCAAUUUGGUACGUGAACUAUCUCAAGAUAAUGUGAAUCAUAAGGAGGCGUUCAGAAACUUAUCCGAGAAAUUCCAGAAAUUCUUCUGGCCACUUAAGGGUUACCUGAAGACGGAAAUCGAUAGAUUACAUAAGGAAGAAGAUAAAAAGAAACAACUGCCUGAAACUGACGACACCGUCUACACCGCCAAGCUGGGAGAGAUCAACGUCUCAUUUAAUGACCUACUUUCUCACCUUCAGGAGACUAAUAGAUACGAUCACCAGGUCCACGGGAAGCUUGAUAAGUUGAGCCAGGCAGUUGCCAUGCUCAAGCCAGAAACCUUCGACAGGCCGAACAGUCCGGUGCUGGACAGUGUCACCAGGGGGCUUGGUGGAUUUGUUGGAGAGUUGAACAAGGUGUACAUAAGCGCGUACGAUAGUCAAACAUUAGAGAAAGAUCUCGUGGACCGCAAAGAGGUUAUUACAACGAGAGAGGCCACAACGAAAUACGAAUUGAGGGAGUAUGGCAGAAAUUGUUCGAAGGUUUUCCUGCACGUGCUAUCCAUCUUGCAUACGGAAUUAAACAGAUUGGUGAAGUAUUGUCAGUCAUCUACCAGCAGUGAACAGAUAAAUAAAUCGACCAUUGUUGGCAUGUUUUUCCGUGACCAAGGCUACGAUGUUUCGGACUUUGGCGAGCAGAAUGGUGAAUUGCAAGACCACAAGAGGAUGACAGUGUUCUUCAUCUACAAACGUCUUUUCCGAGAUGAUGACAGACAUAUUUUUAAAGACAUUAAGAGAAAUGGCUCUCUUCAAAAACUUCACGACUGCCUUCAAACGUACUACCAGGUGGGCCACGUCGCCACUUUUGCCGCCAAGAAACGCCCGUGUAGCAUCUUCGAAAUGCUCUGCUGGCUGUCUGGUCUGCAGUGCACCGCUGGUUACGAAGCGAUGCUAAAUGACGCUCUCAGUGACUUGUUCAUAGAUCCAAAGCAGGUCACCGACGGCGAAUUGUCGGCAGUGAUCGGCGUUGAACCCGUGAAGGCAUAUCCACAGGCGAUGGAGUAUGACGGCACACGCGCGGCAAUAGAACAUCUUUGCUCCACGGCAUAUGACCUUUUAGUUUACAUCCUCGGCACCGGAAACGCGCAUACCAUGUACGCUUCUGACUUCUCUAACAACUCACUGGGCUUUCAUUAUCCGACUUCCGGUGAGGAUUGCUUAGGCAUGCUCAUGGACGUCCUCAGUAGGCUAUUGCCACCGCUGCAAUUCAUGUACAGCCGAUGUAAGCUCAGCGUUCAGCACGGCGGCUGGCAAGAAUGCGAGUACGGCAAAAACAUAAGGACAACCAAAUGGCCAUGCAAAGAGCAUAUUACCGACGAAGUAGCGUGCCGACCAAAUGACCAACCAAAGUGCCAGCCAACUUCUCCUCUAAUGAGUUAUCUUAACGAUUGCUUACCUGGUCACCUUCCUCACCAAUUGAGUUCCAUCGGCUGUAAAUACGAUUGCGCCACCUGCCCGUCUACUUCGAGAAAAGGCCAGCCCUGCAUAACGCCGCUUGGUUUCCGAGGCUUUUCAGGAAGCACGAAGACAGGCAAAGACCUGUGUUCUAUACUCACUAAAAUCAUCGAGAAUAAACAUCUCGCAUCGCUAUUCUGCCUUGUUACCAAACCGCCAAAAACGUUGCCAGAACACUUCGGUUUUGCGUUAUCAUUGGUUGCCGAUUGGCACAAAGGAGAUAUUGUUGGUAAGAAAGGCGUCCAAAAUGCUUUCGAAGACUCAACCAAGGAGCUGUCCAUCCGCCUAUGUGACAAACCUGGCGAUCUCACCAGUGCGCUCGUCGACGCGUACGGUUCGGACUCCGUAAAACACAGCACUUGCAGUAAUCCUCACCUCAGGCAUCUCGCAUCCAAUGACUUCUGCAACAAACAUCCCUGUGCACCCUAUCUCUCAUCUCUUUACGCCGACUGCUACAAAUACAUCGCCAACAAAAACGCCAAGCUAUACCUCUACUGGGCCGUGUAUCUACCAUGGGAUUUCUGGACGUUGCUUAACAAUUUAUAUACUGCUUUCUGCUCCAUCGCUUGCCAGGAUUGGGGCUGCAACAGCUGCAUGAGAGCCGACAAAUGUAAGAAAGGGAAACAUGGCGAUGAGAAGUCACGGUGCCAGUGUGAAUCCAUCGUAACCUGCAACGGCGUCUCCCCAACCUUGUACCAGUAUGGCUUCAUAUUCAACAAUGCAGUAGAAUUGAAUCGUUCUAAAUACCAGAAGACAUGUAACGAUUUCUGCAACAUAUUAAGCAAAGUACUUAAGUCUGAUUACUUCACCAAAUUAUUUGAUAAGUGUGACGAAUUUCUCUGGAUCAUCCGAUCACCCUUCUCCUACCUUGUCCUCACCCUCUGGCUCCUCUCUCUGUUGUACCUCAUCCACAUCAUGGUCAUCCGCCUCGACCUGCUCCACAUCAAAUCGCAUCUACACUCACCGUCAUCACAUCGCAUCGCCGCGCAAUCGCUACUCGCCGCUGGACGUGUUGGCAAACUCAGCAAGAUAUCUUACCUGCAACCAUAA